AUGUCGCAAUUCACAGAACAAGAGUUCUUCGGAGGAGCCAUCAAAGGCGUCGUGCCCCAAGGCUGGAUCGACUCCAGCACCCUCCGCGAAGUCCCAGAUCACCAAGAGCUCUUCCUCUCGCCAAAAACACUCUCAACCCUCAUCAUCGAAAUCAACCAGCGCGUCUCAGAGGAAGAAGCCCAAAGCGCAUUGUCCAGCGUGAACUACCAGCUCUCAGGCCAAGACUUGCCCGACCAAGCCGCCGUCCUGUAUCACCUGCACGACCUCUGCGACGAAGGCGACACGAUGCAAGUCCUCGCCCCGCCACAGCGCGUGGACGUGCCCCAGAUCUCGGGCUCUGCGCCAUCAGGCGCUGCUUCUGUCAAGGCGUACCGAAGUGCGGUUUCUUUUACGACGCCUAAGAAGGAGGAUCCGUCUGUUUUUGUGACUGUGCAGUGUUAUUCGUUGCUUGUUAGGCUUGAAGCGCAGGAGACUGAUUUGUUGGUCUUCUUUAAUGUUCCUCGUGAAGAGUUUGAGAAGGAGGGGGAUGAGACUGGGUUCGGGAAUGAGGUGGGCGCUGCUGAGGAGGUUGUUGGCGCUCUUGUUGAGAAGUUAGAAAUUUGUGAUUGGGGGCUUUUCGUUUAG